CUUUGGGAUAGGCCAUAAUAAUCAUCCAACAAGGCGUUGAGACACUAUGGGGGAAAUACCGAACUGAACCAAGAAUAAACCACAUUCGGUUUGCUUUUUAGGGGGACAAAUAAUCACAAGAAUAACACCGGAAACUCAUUUCAAGUGGAAAUGAUUACAUAUUGUGGCUUUAAUGCGGACGUUGACGUCGAAGCGUGCGUAAUGAGCAGAGUUGGGAAAAGAAGGUGUUGAGCUGCAUUUUUUUUCUCUUUCUGCCUGAGACAAGUUGGAUUGAAGAACUAAAUAAGGCAUGGCAGCCCGGGGCUCUGAGGAUUCUGCAGGGGAUCUGCACCCGACCCACAGCUGAGGACUGAAGAGGAACACGUGGUCUGAGCAGAAUGACUCAGCAAGAGGGGGGACCCCCAAAAAGGAAGUGAAGAGACGUUAGGAUGGGCGCCAAUGGAUCCAGUUAUCCACACUCGUGCUCCCCUCGCAUUGGGGGAAAUGCGCAGGCACAACAGACUUUUAUAGGGACUUCCUCCUACUCUCAUCAUGUAUAUGGCUGGGAGACAAAGCUGUAUAGCCUGGAGCAUGGCCACGAACGGCCUGCAGACAGGAAGAAGAAGAGUCUUGGUCUGGCGACGCUUAAAAGACGGUUCAUCAAGAGGAGGAAGUCCAGCCGCUCAGCUGAUCACGCUCGGCAAAUGCGGGAGCUCUUGUCGGGCUGGGACGUCCGCGACACAAACGCCUUGGUGGAAGAGUACGAGGGAACGGCGGCCCUCAAGGAGUUGAGCUUCCAGGCAAGCCUGGCUCGUGCCGAUGCUCCCAGCCUGCAGCGUGAUCUGGCCGCCCUCUACCAGCACAAAUACUGCACUGAUGUAGACCUCAUCUUCCAAGGAACUUGUUUCCCCGCUCACCGGGCCAUCCUGGCUGCCCGCUGCCCGUUUUUCAAGACCUUGCUGUCAUCUUCCCCGGGUUAUGGAGCGGAGGUCCUCAUGGACGUGGACACAGCUGGCAUCGACGUGCCCAUGUUCUCUGCACUGCUUCAGUAUUUGUACACUGGGGAGUUUGGUGUGGGCGGGUCGGAGGAUACUAGACUCCAGAACGUGGAUGUACUCGUUCAAUUAAGCGAAGAAUUUGGCACACCCAAUUCCCUGGAGGCAGAUAUGAAAGGCUUGUUUGACUACAUGUGCUACUAUGAUGCUCUGCUGAGCUUCUCCUCAGACUCUGAGAUGAUUGAAAGCUGUAAUGAAAGAGGCGCCGUAUCUUCAGCACCAGCAGGGGGCUCGGGGGUGGCUGGUGGCCCAGGGACCCCAGAGGAAGAUCUCAGGGCACACAAGGCUAUCCUCUCCGCACGGUCCCCUUUCUUUAGGAACCUUUUGCAGAGACGGAUCCGCACGGGAGAGGAAAUGACCGAGCGCACCCUGCAGACUCCGACUCGAAUCGUGCUGGAUGAGUCCAUCAUUCCACGGAAGUACGUGCAAGUCAUUCUCCACUGCAUGUACACAGACGUGGUGGAGCUCGGGCUGGUGUUGCGCGGCAGCCCUUCGGCGGGCAGUCUGGGCGAGGUGCAAGCCCUCGUUUCAGGGGGCCGUGGAGCGAGCACGCGUACGGAGGAGGCCAUGGAGCUAUACCAUAUAGCCCUGUUUCUGGAGUUCAGUAUGUUGGCUCAAGGUUGUGAAGACAUCAUUGUGGAAAGUUUGUCCUUGGAGACUUUGGUCCCCAUCCUGAAGUGGAGCUCCCAACCCUAUGGCUCCAAGUGGAUCCAUCGGCAGGCCAUGCACUUCCUGUGCGAGGAGUUCAGUCAAGUUGUCAGCUCCGAUGUUCUUUAUGAGCUUGGUAAAGAACACCUUCUCAGCGCAAUUCAGUCCGACUACCUACAGGCGAGUGAACAGGACAUUCUCAAGUAUGUUGUUAAGUGGGGCGAGCAGCAGCUUAUUAAGAGGAUGGCAGACAGGGAGCCAAACCUGUUGAGCGGCACAGCCCAUAGCGUCAACAAGAGAGGAGUGAAAAGGAGAGACCUGGAUGUGGAGGAGCUGAAGGAGAUCCUGUCCCCCCUUUUGCCUUUCAUCCGAACCGAGCACAUCCUGCCUCCCAACAGUGACGUCCUCGCAGAUGCGCUCAAGAGGGGUUUAAUAAGCACCCCACCUCUAGACAUGCUGCCCACUGCGGAGGGAGGGAAAGCCAACGCCUGGUUAAGGCAAAAGAAUGCCGGCAUCUACGUGCGUCCUCGCCUCUUCUCUCCAUACGUGGAGGAAGCCAAGUCGGUGCUCGAUGAAAUGAUGGUGGAGCAGACUGACCUGGUGCGUUUGCGACUCGUGCGCAUGUCCAAUGUCCCGGACACGCUGUACAUGGUCAACAACGCCGUGCCUCAGUGCUGUCACAUGAUCAACCACCAGCAAAUGGCAGGCAACUCGAGCACAGCGCCAUCUGUAGUGGCUAAUGAAAUUCCAGUGCCACCUCUGUCUGUUGUAAAGGACAUGAUCCGUAGACUCCAUGAACUGCGGCACACGGAGCAGGUCCAGAGAGCUUACGCCCUGAACUGUGGGGAAGGAGCCACCGUCAGCUACGAACUCCAACUGCGGGUGCUAAGAGAGUUUGGUCUGGCGGAUGGAGCCACCGAGCUGCUGCAGAACCCGUAUAAGUUCUUUCCAGACGAACGGUUCGGAGACGAGAGUCCAAUUCUGGCCCUGCGCCAGGUGGGUCGUUGCCGUGUAAACAGCAGUCCGGCCAUGGACAGCAUGUUCACAGGGCGACCCCGCGUUCCCUUGCCAACCCCCACCCGCUCCUUUUCCUAUCCCUGCAACCGCACGCUGAUCCAGCGCCAUGCGGCCAGCAAGCACGGCAGCUCGGAGUACCCCUCUGUGCCCCGGCCACAGCCCCCGGACUGCACCAACCCACAGGCUAUGGGUCGAACUUUGCUUUCAGAGCAGCAGCCGAUGAACUUGGAGCCCGUCAUGAGGGAGUUCAUGCCCGACAUCGCACUAGGCGUCUCAGUCAUGACCCUGAGGGAGCAGCACAUGGCAGAAAUGGACAGAGAAGGCCCCCACAGCCCCAUAGGCCCCUCAGGCCACCAUCUGCCCCACGGGCCAUGCCCAUCCGCCCACCUCAGUCACAAUCACGGCCCUGGACACGGCCACUCCUGCAAGAGACACGCCCCCGAACCCAAGCUGGAGGCUCAAGCAGAGUUCCCCGAUCUGUACGACUUCUCCUGUCGACCCGCAACCCCGACCUCCUCUCACCCCCUGCCCUCCUACGCAGGACCGGACCUCUACAGCCACAGCUGCAACCCAUCCACGUCCUAUCACCCCAAUUAUGUCUCUGACCCUCAGUCGCAGGGUCACCUGCAGGGGCGGACUGCACAAGACACACUACGACUGGACGUCCUCAGUAUUAAAUCUCAGAGGCACGACGGAGUCCUCGCCAGCCCCUCUGGGGCCCAUCCUCACAUGGGACACCUCCCGAAGGGGCGCUCGAACGAGACGGACUUGACUCACGGAUUAGGCCAUUUGCGAUCGCCCAGUGGGAACGUGGACAGCUAUGAAGAGAGGCACAUAGGACACAGAGAUAUUCCGGAAGAAAUGGUUCUGGGUGGAGCUCCAGAACCCCUUCAGCAAGCUCACCGAAACAGCGUCAGUGAGGACUUUGUCAGAGACCGCAGGUCCCCCAGCAAACCCGACUACCCCUAUAAGAAAUCAGCACUUUAACCCCGGUUGAGCACCACGGGGGUUGAGUUCAGAAAAGGCAAAAAGGGAUGAAUGGCUGUCCAUCAUGGUGGAAAGCAAAGCACUAAAACGUGUGGCUGCAUGCAUGUAUGUGUUUGAGAGGAAAAAGGGGGUUAUAGAUGAUUGCUAUUUAUAGAAUCUGUCCUUUUGUCCUACCUCUAUCACAAUGUGCUAUCCAUCACACCGUCGGAGCAUAGAACAAGUAAGAGAUGUCAUUAGGAAGUCUGCUGGGUCCUGAUGCUGCAGAGGAAUACUGGGGUCGUCUGAUAACUUUGAAUAUUAAGGAGGACUCUGUGUUAAUUAACAAAGCUCAAUGAUGAACUGAUGGAAGACUUGACUGGUUGACCCUGACUGAUAAGAAAAUUAGUCUGAAAAAGGGAGCAAUGGCACACGGCCCGUGGCAAAGUAUUGGUAUAAAUUAUGUGUAAAUACAUCCGGCUGUAUUCUUUUGCCUGCUUUUCCAUUUCUUCCUAUCGCAUUUUUGCUACUUCCUCGUGUCCCCGGAUUCUUCCCGAGGACGAGAAAAAGGUCAGACUGCGACACAAAGCAGCAGCUGGAUCAGGAAGUAGGUCGUCGGGGCUUGUCGCUCUCCGGAAACAGUCGGAUAAUUGCGUCAGGCAUUAAUUAUCACGGCGUCUAUGUCUGGGUGUGUGUGUGUGAGUUUAGUGUGGAAGAUCACGGGAGGGGAGAGGGAACUUUAUCGCUGUGAUACAACGGAAACCGUCAAUGAUGACUGACGUUCAGCAACGGCACGGAUUGCUGUUGAUUUGUGGAUGUGGCAGCUGGAGCGAGCGAGUGCGUGUGCAUGUCUGUGUGCGAGGUGUUCAGACAAUCUCAGUACUGUAUGCUCUCAUCUCCGGUCAGGUCUGUUGGUACAUAUCAGUCUGCGGUGAUUAGCCAGUCCUUAGCACAAAGUGCAGUGGUCGUCGUGUGAAGAGCCCCCCUUUUUGUUCGUUUAGCAUCAGUUGUUCUAAUCUAAAGCCUUAACAAGAGUGUGUCAUGUUUUCUUUUGGUUAAGUUAAUGACUCCCUUUUACUCGUUGGAUUGUCUUGAUGUUUGUAUUUUUUAUUUUUUUUUUUGCUUUACCGCAGCUUUGUUCUUUGCCGUCUUUCGGGAGGCGGAGGACAUGUGCAAGCAGUGCAAACUGCUGAAGACUGUAGCUCCGCGUCUCUACGAGUCAACCUGAUCCAGGUGACCGUCUGUGUAAAAACUCAUAGCACUGCAGUAAACAUCCGCAUUAACAGAAAAGGAAUCGAACGCUCGCUCAUCUCUCAAAAUUGUAUAUAAUGACUCGAGCUCCAUGUGGUCUAAUGAAUUUUUAAUGGUUUCUAAGACAUUUUUAGUGGUCGUUGAAGGUCUGUGUUUUUACUGUAGUGGACAACACUGUGUUCGUGUCUUUUCGUCGAGAAGUCUCACUAGGAAUGUGUGGUGUAGAACAUAACAGAUUGUGUAUCCGAAAUCCGUUUCUAAACGUCAUGCAUCGAGAGCAGCUCGUUCAGUAAAAAGGUGGCGUGGAUGUCCAAACAUUUCCUCCAUAUCUUUUCCAACUUUACAGAAAUAUGCAGAGGAUUUGGAUAUAGUAGCAGAACAAUAUUUUUAAUCCAUCUAAGUUGCUUAAUUAGGGGGAAAAAAUGCAAGAAACCAGAUUCCCUGUUUCUUUUUUUUUUUUUGCGCCAGGAAAGUGUCCCAAGUCUUUUUUUGCUUUUUGCUGUAGGAGUCAGUGCCUUCCCCUGCCUGCGGCUGGGCUUUAUUGGAGAAAUGACUUUGAUGUCUAUGCAAGCUCUUUUACCAGCUUACUAGCCUGCAUCAAGUAGUUCUUUGAAAUCUCAUGUAGCUUUUUUGUGUACAGUGUUAUUUAGCACCUUUUUGAGACUGAAACAUCUAAAAUGUGUGAUUGCUUGUGUUUAAUUGUCACAGGUACAUUGUACUUGUAUCAUAGAAACCAUGUUUGUAGAUGAUAUUAAGUUGCAUUUAGUUUCACUGAAUCUAUUUUUCUACUGUCGCCUCAAAAGGUGCAUAACAGUGGUCAACUUUGGCAUCCUCGAAAUAAACAGUUUGAUAUUAUGAAAUGA